AUGGAAGGACCAGUCCUGCCAGGGGGCAUGAUGCUGCGGUGGGCAGAGGCUACUGCGCCCCGGGGGCCACCUAGCGCUACCUCUUCACAGUCAUCCAGGACGACCGACCUCUUUCCCGAGGCCCUGGUGGUCACCAUGGGGGCUGCCUGCGCUAACUUGGGGACCAUGAGGGCCUGGGCACUGUGGCUGCUUCCCCUGCUCUGCGAACUCGGCCUGGCAGUCCUGCCAGCUAAGCCCGAGAACAUCUCUUGCAUCUUAUACUACAAGAAAAACUUCACUUGCACCUGGAGUCCCGAGAAGGAGGCCAGUUACACGCGGUACACGGUGAGGCGGACCCACAAUUACGGAAGUGAAAACGACACUUGCAAUUCUACAAGUGAGAACCGUGCUUCCUGCUCCUUCCUGCCUCCUGCAAUAACCUUGCCAGACAACUACACCAUCCAAGUGGAAGCUCGAAAUGCCCACGGCACGGUGGAGUCCGACGUGACACAGUGGCACUUAGACACCAUAGUAAAAGUGGAACCACCUAUGAUUUUCAGCGUGAUACCAGUUUUGGGUGUCAAACGGAUGCUUCAAAUAAAAUGGAAAAGGCCCGAGUUGGCCCCUGUUUCACAAGCUCUAAAAUGCACCCUGCGAUUCAGAACAGUGAACAGUGUCCGCUGGAUGGAGGUCAACUUCACAGAAGGGAUCUAUGGAGACCAAACGUACAACCUCACGGGGCUGCAGGCUUUUGCGGAGUACGUGGUAACCCUGCGGUGUGCGGCCGAGGAGUCCAGGUUCUGGAGCGGCUGGAGCCAAGCAAAACGGGGAACCACCGAGGAGGAAGCUCCCCUUGGCCUGGACCUGUGGCGAGUCCUGGGACCUGCCCGGGAAGAUGGAAGGCGGCCUGUGACCCUGCUGUGGAAGAAGGCCAGAGGAGCCCCGGUCCUGGAGAGAACACUUGGCUACCACAUAUGGUACUUUCCAGAAAACACCACCAACCUCACGGAGACGGCGAACACCACCCACCAGCAGCUCGAACUGGUUCUGGGCGGCGAGGCCUAUUGGGUGUCUGUGGUCUCCUAUAAUUCCCUUGGCCAGUGUCCAGCGGCCACCCUGAGGAUCCCGGCUGCCAGUGAAAAGGCAUUUCCGUGCAUCGAGGCCAUGCAGGCCCAACUCUCUGGGGACCAGCUGGUGGUGGCGUGGCAGAGCUCCGCCCUGGACACGGACGCGUGGAUGGUGGAGUGGUUCCCAGAUUUGGACUUUGAACCCGCCACCCUGUGCUGGGAAUCGGUGUUUGGGGCCAGGAACUGGACGAUCCGGCAAGAUAAACUAACACCUUUCUGGUGCUACAACAUCUCUGUGUAUCCUGUGUUGCAAGACCGAGUGUGCGAGCCAUACUCUGUCCAGGCUUACGCCAAAGAAGGCGUUCCAUCGGCAGGUCCCGUGACCAAGGCGGAGAACAUCGGUGUGAAGGCAGUCACCAUCACGUGGAAGGAGAUUCCCAAAAAUCAGAGAAACGGUUUCAUCCGCAACUACACCAUAUUUUACCAAGCAGAGAAUGGGGAGGAAUUCUCCACAACGGUCAACUCCAGCCUCCUGCAGUACAGCUUAGAGUCUCUGACCCGAAAGACCUCUUAUACUGUCCAGGUCAUGGCCAGCACCAGCGCUGGGGGCACCAACGGUACCAGGAUCAGCUUCAAAACACUGUCAAUCAGCGUCCUGGAGAUUUGCCUCGUCGCCGCUCUGGUCGGAGGAGGGCUGCUUAUUUUCACCGUCCUGACUGUGGGGUAUAGUCUCAGAAAACCCAACAAGUUGAAGCACCUGUGUUGGCCUGAUGUUCCCAACCCUGCUGAGAGCAGCAUUGCCACGUGGCAUGGAGGGGACCUCAAGGAUAAAGGGAAGGAGGCUGACGACCCCGCGAGCACGGAGGACGAGCGGAUUCUAAAGCCCUGGCCGGCCCCCAGCGACCUCAUUGACAAGUUGGUGGUGAACUUCGAGAACUUUCUGGAAGAGGUUUCCGCAGAGGAACCGGGAAAGGGCCAGGAACAGGCGCCGGGAGGGGAGAGGAACGAGUAUGUGGCCGCCCCUUACUGCGCCCCAGUCCAGAGGCCGGUGGAACCGCCCACUGCAGCCGAGGCCCCGCCCACUGCAACCGAGACGGAAGUGACAGGACUGGGCUCUGCGAAACUGCUGAUCCACAAAGGGGACCUGGUGACGCCGAGGGAAGACCUCGCUGUCCACGGGCGCGAGAAGACGCGACUGGAGUGA